AGGAAGAGCGGGAUUUGUCGAUCUUCAGACUCUGCAUCUCUUUUCUUGGAAAAUGAAGUUGAGCCGUCAGUUCACCGUUUUUGGCAGUGCGAUCUUUUGCGUGGUGAUCUUCUCCUUGUACCUGAUGCUGGACCGAGGCCAUUUCGAUCACCCCAAGAACCCUCGCCGGGAAGGCGCAUUCCAGCAGGCCCAGCUUUCAAUAUUGCAAGAAAAAAUUGACCAUUUAGAGCGUUUGCUGGCAGAAAAUAAUGAAAUCAUUUCAAAUAUUAGAGAUUCUGUCAUUAAUUUGAGUGAAUCUGUGAAGGAUGAUCAGAAAAACCCACAAAGUAAUAAUGUCAGUCAAGGAUCCAUCUCUAAUCUUAUGCCAUCAAGUCUAAUACCUUUUCCGAAUAAACCUGAGGAUUGUUCAUUUGCUUCAGAAAGUGGAAAUCAGAAUUCAGAUGUACAGAUGUUGAAUGUUUAUAGUCUUCUUAAAUUUAAUAAUCCAGAUGGAGGAGUUUGGAAGCAAGGAUUUGACAUUACUUAUGAAGAUAGUGAAUGGGACAGUGAGCCCCUUCAAGUAUUUGUUGUACCUCAUUCACAUAAUGACCCAGGUUGGCUGAAGACUUUCAAUGACUACUUUAGAGACCAGACCCAGCAUAUUCUGAAUAACAUGGUGGUAAAGCUGAAUGAAGACAGAAGGAGAAAAUUUAUAUGGUCUGAAAUCUCUUAUUUUUCAAAAUGGUGGGAUGGAAUAGAUAGUCAGAAGAAGGAUGCUGUUAAGAGUUUACUAUCAAAUGGACAGCUUGAAAUUGUAACAGGUGGAUGGGUCAUGCCUGAUGAAGCAUCUACACAUUACUUUGCAUUAAUUGAUCAGUUUAUUGAAGGACAUCAGUGGCUAGAAAGAAAUCUAGGAGUGAAACCCAGAUCAGCCUGGGCUAUUGAUCCAUUUGGACAUUCACCAACAAUGGCAUAUCUUUUGAAACGCACUGGAUUUUCCAAUAUGCUUAUCCAGAGAGUUCAUUAUGCUGUUAAAAAACAUUUUUCAACUAUGAAGUCACUAGAAUUUUAUUGGAGACAAAACUGGGAUUUGGGAUCUAAUACAGAUAUAUUUUGCCAUAUGAUGCCAUUUUACAGUUAUGAUAUUCCCCACACUUGUGGGCCUGAUCCUAAAAUAUGUUGCCAGUUUGAUUUUAAACGACUUCCUGGAGGUAGAAUCAGCUGUCCCUGGAGAGUCCCUCCAGAAGCAAUACAUGAUGGAAAUGUCAAUCACAGGGCAUGGAUGUUGUUAGACCAGUACAGAAAGAAGUCAAAGCUUUUUCGUACAAAAGUGCUCUUGGCUCCUCUAGGAGAUGAUUUCCGAUAUAGUGAAAGCUCAGAAUGGGAUCAACAGUACCAGAAUUAUCAGAAAAUUUUUGAUUAUUUGAAUUCUCAUCCUGAAUUACAUGUUAAGAUACAAUUUGGGACUUUAUCAGAUUAUUUUGAUGCUUUGCAUACAAUAGAUACACAACUCCAAAAAAGUACUAAAUCAUUAUUUCCUGUUCUGAGUGGAGAUUUCUUCACAUAUGCUGACAGAGAUGAUCAUUAUUGGAGUGGAUAUUUUACAUCAAGACCUUUCUAUAAACGAAUGGAUAGAAUAAUGGAAUCCCACUUAAGGACUGCUGAGAUUCUUUACUCUUUUGCACGAUUACAAGCUCAGAAAUAUAAGAAGACAAGUUUAUUCCCUUCAUCAUCACAUUAUCAGUUACUUACAGAGGCUAGAAGGAAUCUUGGCCUUUUUCAGCAUCAUGAUGCCAUUACAGGAACUGCUAAAGAUUGGGUAGUUGUGGAUUAUGGCACUAGACUUUUCCAUUCCUUAAUGAGCUUGAAGAUGAUAAUCAGAGAUUCUGCUCAUAUUCUUAUUCUGAAGGACAAAGAUGCCUACAGCUAUAACCCAUCCAUUCCCUUCCUAAGGAUGGAGAGUGAACAACUAUCACAAGAUAGUCUGCCACAAAAAACUGUUAUAAAACUAAGUAUGCAACCCAGGUACCUUGUGAUCUAUAAUCCUUAUGAACAAGAGCGUCAUUCUGUGGUUUCAGUCUAUGUGAGUUCUUCAAAAGUAAAAGUACUUUCCAACUCAGGAAAACCUGUCAUAAUUCAAAUUAGUGCUGUUUGGGAGGGACACAAUACAAUUUCAAAUGAAGCAUAUCAGAUUUCCUUUGUAGCCCAUCUACUACCAUUAAGUUUUAAAAUAUACCAGCUUGUGGAAUCAGUAAGCUCAGAGUCACACUUGGCUAUUUAUACAAUCUAUAAUACUGAAGCAAGUUCUGGAACCGUUUUCAAGAUAAAAGAAAUGAAAUUGAAUGCAGAUGACAUCACAAUAGAGAACUCAUAUAUAAAACUUGAUUUUAGUGGAUCUGGAUUAAUGGAGAGAAUAACUAAUAAAGAAGACAGUAAAAGCCAUGAAGUCAAAGUGGAAUUUACAUGGUAUGGAACCAGAAAUGGUAGAGACAGGAGUGGUGCUUAUCUUUUCUUACCUGAUGGAGAAGCCAAGCCCUACAUUUCUGCUGAUCCACCUUUUAUCAGAGUGACACAUGGAAGAAUUUAUUCAGAAGUUACAUGUCUCUUUCCUAAUUUGAAACACAACGUGCGACUUUAUAAUGUUCAGGGAACAGAAGGUCAAUCUGUGGAAGUUGCCAAUAUUUUGGACAUCAGAGGAGAAUAUAACCGUGAGAUUGCAAUGAGAAUUUCUUCUGAUUUAAACAGUCAAAAGAGAUUUUAUACUGACCUAAAUGGUUAUCAGAUUCAGCCUAGACUGACAAUGAGCAAAUUGCCUCUUCAAGCAAAUGUGUACCCAAUGGCAACAAUGGCUUAUAUCCAAGAUGACGAGUUUCGCUUGACACUUCUUUCUGCCCAGUCUUUAGGUGUUGCAAGUUUAAAAAAGGGACAGAUUGAAGUUAUCAUGGAUCGUAGACUCAUGCAAGAUGAUUAUCGUGGCCUUGGACAAGGUGUACAAGAUAACAAGAUUACAGCUAAUUUAUUUCGAAUUCUAUUAGAAAAAAGAAAUGGAGAUAACAUGAAAGAAGAUACGAAGCCAGUCAGUUAUCCUUCAUUUCUUAGCCACAUAACUUCUUCUUUCUUAAAUCAUCCAGUCAUUACAAUGACUAUAAAUCCAGACAUAAAUAUUCCUCACCUCCUGAAUGAAUUUUCUCUACUUGUAUCAUCCAUGCCUUGUGACAUUCACCUAGUUAAUCUAAGGACAAUACAAGCAAAGGUAUAAAGUGGACCAUCUGAUGAAACUGCCUUGAUAUUUCAUAGAAAGGGAUUUGAUUGUAGAUUCUCUAAUAGAAGUGGCGUACCUUGCUCACUUACUCAGGGAAAGCUGUUGGUGCACAAGCUGUUUAAUGAAGUUACUGUUCAGAGUCUUAUACCAUCAUCAUUAUCUUUGAUGCAUUCACUUCCGGAUGCUAAAAAUAUAAGUGAAAUCAACAUGAGUCCCAUGGAAAUCAGUACAUUCCGACUCCAGUUGAGAUGAACCUGGCUUUCAAUUUUGGACUGUGGAGAAAUGGCUUUUGUAUCUUCUUGAUUUGACGUGCAAUAAAGAAGCACAUUGUUAUUCUAGCUUCUGGAUACUGUGAGAACAUGAUUUCUGUGAUUUCCUUUUUUUU